UGAUUGUUGUGAAUUUACGCAACAUACCGCGUUUCAAAGUUAACGCAAAAUGAGUUUGUCCGACGAAGAAAAUACAUUUUAUGUUGUCGAAAAACUACCCAAUUACCCUAGCAAAUACAGCCGGUUUCACAGAUGUAGCAAUCUGCGCAAUUCAAGUAGAAGGGGAACAGAGCGCAUAGUAUUUAAAAACGGCCAUUUCAACUUGGAGAAAUCCACAUCGAAGUACCACGUCUUUCCCGAUAUCGUGACGACGUUUGUGGAAGCCCGAUGGCGGUGGACUCUGAUCUACUGCAUCCUAACUUAUAUUACCACCUGGCUCAUCUUCGCCGCAGUCUGGUGGCUCAUUUUGUACAGCCAUGGAGACCUCGAGGACGACCACUUGCCCCACGCGAUCAACACCACCGAAUGGACACCCUGCAUCAGGGAAAUAUACGACUUCACAUCAAUAUUCCUCUUCAGCAUCGAAAUCCACACCACAAUCGGCUACGGAACACGUUCGUUGACGUUGGAAUGCCCUGAAGCCAUGAUAACCAUGUGCAUUGAAAGCAUCCUCGGCACCAUUAUUCAAUCGUUUAUUAUCGGAAUCGUCUUCGCGAAAUUAACAAGACCAAAGAACCGUGCACAAACUCUUCUGUUCUCCAAAAACGCCAUCAUCAACCAGAGGGAUCGGUACCUCAGCUUAAUAUUUCGAAUCGGGAACACCAGGAAAUCCAGAAUUAUAGCUUCAAGUGUUCAUGCAUAUUUGAUUAGAUACGUCACAAAAUUAGGUCAAAAUAAGUUAAAAAAUACUGAUCAGAUAAAAUUGGACUUGAAAGUGGAUAAUAGUGAAGAUAUCUUGUUCAUGUUUCCGAUAUCUGCUGUGCACAGGAUUGACGAGAAGAGCCCAUUUUACUCCAUGUCUGCUUAUGAUAUGCUGAAGACGAGGUUGGAGAUUCUUGUUGUAUUUGAGGGCACGAUAGAGUCCACGGGACAACCCGUGCAAGCGAAGUCAAGUUACACGGCUCAUGAAAUCCUUUGGGGGCAUCGUUUUCUUCAGCUGAUGUCUUACAGCCGAGCCAAGCGUGGGCUCGUUAUAGAUUACGCGAAGUUUGACGAAACAAUUCGAGUAAACACACCACUUUGUUCCGCCAGGGAACUGAGAGAGUUUUAUGAGUUUGAUGCGAAUACUCAAGCGGUUGUUGCUAAAGCAAUCACGUACACGUAGUCACUAAUGGCACAUGUUCUAAUAAAUUGGUACAAUUCUGUCAUA